AUGAAUCUGUCGCUGGUUGAUCCCUUUGUCCUCGCGCAGGACUGCCCAGAGGUCAUCACCGGCCGUCUGCGCAGCGGCCACUCGACGUCGAUCCGCUUCAGUCACCGCGGCGAUCUGCUGGCCUCUGGACGGCACGAUGGCAUCGUGGUUGUCUUCGACAUCGAGACCAACGGCGUCGCGCGCAAGCUGCGCGGCCACACGCGCCAGAUCCAGUCGCUGAGCUGGUCCACCAACGACCGCUUCCUGCUCAGCGCCGGCCAGGACUGGAAGUGCGUGCUCUGGGAUCUCAAGGAUGGCUCGCGCGUGCGCACCGUCCGCUUCGAGUCGGCCAUCUUCAUCGCCGAAUUGCACCCCAAGAACCACAUGAUCUUCGCCGCCGCGCUCUUCGAAGACCAGCCUGUACUCGUGGACAUGUCCGCCGAGGUGCCUGUCAAGCACACGCUACCCACCGCGCCCCGCCGCUCCCAGACGGAACGUGAGAAAGCGACGGAGAAGCAGGCCGCCCAGGACGCAAAACAGACAACGACUGUAACCGUCUUCACGCCCUCCGCAGACCACAUACUCGCAGGCACGAACAAGGGCUGGCUGAACAUCAUUGAUACCAGGACACACGAAGUCUUGUACUCGUAUCGAGUUACUAACUCGCUCAUCGUGCUGAUUCGCAUGACGCAGUCUGGUCGCGAUGUUGUUUUGAAUUCCAGCGACAGAAUAAUUCGGACAUUCCUUCUUCCCGAUCUAAGCGAUCCAAACCUCGAUUUCGACAUGCUCGAGCUCAAAGUGCAGCACAAGUUCCAGGAUCUGGUACAACGGUUAUCGUGGAAUCACGUCACCUUUAGCUCCGCUGGCGACUACGUUGCAGCGACAACGUACAUGAACCACCACGUCUACAUCUGGGAACGCGGCCAGGGCAGUCUCGUAAAGAUCUUGGAGGGGACCAAGGAAGAGCUGUCGGUACUUGAGUGGCAUCCGUUCCGGCCUUUUGUCGCUGCUAUUGGCGUUGACUCCGGGCGCGUCUGGCUUUGGUCUAUCCUACAACCCCAGCGCUGGUCUGCGCUUGCCCCAGAUUUUGUUGAAGUGGAAGAGAAUGUGGAGUACAUUGAGAAGGAAGACGAGUUCGACAUUCAGCCGCUAGAAGAACUUCACAAACGGAGACUCGAUCAGGAAGAUGAGGAGGUCGAUGUGUUGACUAUUGACCCUGUCAAGACCAAUGCCCAACAUGAACCUGGCGAGUUUAGAAUGCCAGUGUUGCUAGACAUUGAAGCAAGCGACAGCGAGGACGAGAUUGUAGCCGUGGGGGCGGGCCAAUUCAGACGGCGGAGUCCUGGAGCUGGAAAGGAAUACAUGAACGAUGAUGAGGUGGGAGUCAGCGGUGAUGAGGUGAGGAGGGCCAAUGGCUCUUCGACGAGUGGAACGAAAAGGCGACGCGCCUGA